AAACACAAAAACUGAAAACUGCUGAAGCAAGAAACUAGCGCGGACUCUGAAAUAAGCCUAAUAACAAAUUAAUUAAUAUAAUAACAAUAAUAACAACAUGCCUUUUGCAAUUCAUCAUCACUAUGAAAGUAAUCCUAAAAAGAGGAGAAGGAAGAAUAGUAAAAAGAAGAAUCAUCAAGAAUACAACAAACAUACUCUUCCGAUACAAAAGCAAACACACCAUUCACAACAACAAGUUGGUGUUUUACCAGUUACUGCUAGUGAACCUAGUUUUGGAAGUAUGGAAGAUGAAGAAAUAGAAAUGGAUAAUAUUAACAGCAAAACUAAACAUCUGCAUGGUACUAAAUCGUGGUGUUCCAACGAAUUGGCUAUGGCUGAACAGGAGGAAGAGGAUUUCACUGUGGAAAAUGGAGCUUCAUUGAAUAGAAUACCAUCAUUUCAUCCAAAACAAAAACAGAUUCCUGGAAAACUUUCAAUGAAGAGUUCAGUUUCACUCUCGGAAUUGAGAAAGGAGCACUCAGCCAUCUCUCAUGAUACUCUAGUAGUGGAUUCAUCAAAUAGAGAAUCUUUGGAUAUGACCAGUUUGGUAGGACAGCAUUCAGACACUGUCAAUCUUCUUGGUUUUGGAAGUAAGACGAGUAUGGAUCAGCCUUACUCUGAUGAAGGACAUCACACCGAUGGUGAAUCAGUUAGUACUGUUCAUCACUAUUCAUCCUCACCAAAAUCAAUUUGGAUCAAUAUCAAAAGUAUUUACAAAGCACUCUUACCACACAUUUUACUCAUUAGUAAUUUGGUUUUAUUUGGUGGUUUCUACUUGUUAUCACCACAUGCCAUGAAGAUUUUCAGACCUAUCAUUUUUGGAGUUUUCAGAGUUGGAAUUAUGAUCAUUUGCAUGUUUCCAGUAAUGCUCUAUUUUGAUAGAAGUUAUUCAUUUAGAAACGAGAAAAAAUUGAGAAGAAGAAAGGAAGAAUAUUCUAUUCUUGUUUCCUCAAAAAGAGAUUCCCUACUUUACUAUUAUUACCAAGCUAAUUAUUAUUUAUUUUAUGCCAACCCAAUUGUGGAUUAUGCAUUGAGGAAAAUUCCAAAGUGGAAACAAACCAAAACUUUAACAUGGUGUGGAAUUUUCAUUAUUUUGAAUCAAAUCACUUUCCUGACAGGAUAUUAUUUAACCAAUGCUACCGUGAGUAGCUCACUUUCACCUUGCACAAGUGUUAUUACUUGUAUACUUUCCAUGUUGUUGGGUAGAGAACCAAAGUCGAUAUUGAAAUUGGUUGGUGUCAUUACCUCAGUUAUGGGUGCUAUUGCCAUGAUUAUUUUAACAGCCUUGCUGAAAGAAAAAUCUUUCACAACCCUUAUUCCAGACACUUCAACAAUUGAGGAUCCAACUCACUAUCACUGGAAUAUUUAUCAUCCAGGUCAAAUUCAAUCAAGUGAUUCUGGCUCUAUUGGAAUAGGAUUUGUUUUGGGACUUUUAUUCUUAUUAUUGAGUACACUGGUCAAUUCAUUGUACUUGCUCACCCAAAAGAAACUCCUGAACAAUAAUGUUCCUCCUAUUACUGUCACAUUUUGGUCCUUCUUCUAUGGAUACGGUGUACUCUUAUUUGUUGGAUGUUUCUUCUUACCAAUCAACUUUAGUAAGGUUGAUUUAAUGUCUGCAGUUGGAUUAAUUUAUGCUGGUUUACCAUUCGGUGCUGUACAAUUCAUUUUCCAAACAAAAGCUUCCUCAAUGAGUACACCAACCAUUGUAGGUCUCUAUUCCACAAUGUCACCAAUGGUUGGAUUAAUCACUGGCUUGACAUUCUUAGGAGAAAAGACAAGUCCAUUCGUCGUCUUGGGUGGUAUCUUUAUUAUUAUGGGAGUCAUUAUUGUUAUUGUUGCCAGAUAUAAGGAAACUCAUAUCAAGAAACAAGAGGAACUUCACAAUACAGAUUCAGAAUCAGUUUCCUCACUCGAGUUGCCAAACAUUAAUAGUUUGGAAUUGGUUGACUCGGAAGAAAGAUUGAAUAAAGUUUAAAUCUAUUCCUCCUCC